UGCAAGGGGAUGUCCUUUUUUUCCCUCAGCCAAAUGCACAACCUAAAUGUCUCAUUUUAUCUGCUGCCCUUCUUUUACAGUGGUGGGAUGAGGUCGUCUCCGAUUUGUAGCGAAGAGCUCUUUUACCAUAAUUAUAGGACGUAAUGUGCCACUUUAACGUCCACAUUAAAGCUGCAGAUCUACACUUCACCAGACCGAGCAUACAUUAGGUUAGAUGACUUUGUGUGAGAGCGGGAACGGGCUUUUCCUGCGGCACUUAAAUUUGUAACAUACAUCAUUUCCAGCGUCAGUGAAACAUUUUGGUGCAGGGGACCCGGAGGAUUCUACUACUGCUGCUUGCUUGCACUGCACAAAGAAGCGUUCAGCGCGUCCGGUUGGAUUGAAGCUGCAGUGCACUUCACACAAACUGCAUUGCCACAACUGUAAGAGAACAUGUAUCCAUCAUGAAACAAUGCGCCGGCAGCUUUUCUUAUGAACUCUUUCGUGGAUCUACAGACUUCCAUCCACAAGUGGAGCGUUUUUUCCAUCAGCCACAGAUAAAAAUCACUUCACAACUAAAAUGGGACAACGUGGUGGGCUAAGUAGAGGAAAUGUUGCAUAUGGAAGUGCAGUGAGAGUGCAGGGAAGUGACUUCCAGAGGACACCUGCAGAUAAGUGAAUGCCGUCUCCGAUGUGGAGCUUGUCGCUGUCCGACGCGCGCGUGGUGCUGAAAUUUGGAUGAUGCCUGGCCAGCGACUGCAAGGCUGCCGCUCCUUGCACCUCAACGAGGACAACGGCCGCUUCGUGCUGCUCGCCGUCCUCAUCGUACUGUACCUGCUGUGCGGCGCUGCGGUCUUCUCGGCCAUAGAGAGGCCUUCGGAGCUGCGGGCUCACGGCCGCUGGAACGGGACGCUCCUCAACUUCAGUGAGACCUUCAACAUCAGCCUGCAGGACCUCAACUCCUUUCUGCGCGAGUACGAGGCUGCCAUCGCCGCCGGGAUCCGGGCUGAUGCUCUGAGGCCACGAUGGGAUUUUACAGGGGCUUUUUAUUUUGUUGGAACAGUGGUGUCGACUAUAGGUUUUGGGAUGACAACGCCUGUGACAGUUGCCGGCAAGGUGUUCUUGAUCUUUUAUGGGCUUCUGGGUUGUGCUGCCACCAUCCUCUUCUUUAACCUCUUCCUGGAGCGCAUCAUCACGCUGCUCGCUGUGGUAAUGAAGGCGGUGAGGGAGCGUCGCAUCAGGAAUAGUGGUCUACUCCCGCCAGGCAUCCGCCAUGACUUCUCAGCCUAUUCCCUUCCCGGCUGGAAGCCCUCCGUGUACCACGUGAUGCUGAUUCUCGGCCUGUCAGCCAUUACGAUCUCCUGCUGUGCAUCAGCCAUGUAUACCCCCGUUGAGGGCUGGCCGUACUUAGACUCACUUUACUUCUGCUUUGUCACCUUCAGCACCAUUGGAUUUGGGGAUUUUGUCAGCAGUCAGAGCGCGGCUUACGAAUACCAAAGCCUCUACAGAGUGGCCAAUUUCCUCUUAAUUUUAAUGGGUGUGUGCUGCAUCUACUCGCUCUUCAAUGUCAUCUCUAUUGUCAUCAAGCAGGUGCUCAACUGGAUUCUGGAGAAAAUGAGCUGCUUGUUUUGCCAGCGCUGCAAUAAUGCCAGCGCCCUCCUGGGCAGACGAAAUGCCAUCCGCCCGGGCUCCAAGGCUCGCCAGGGUCGACUUGGCCAGCCGCCCGACUCAGAUGGACCUUGUGAUAGUGAUAAUGAGGGACGCAGACUAUCAGGGGAGAUGAUCUCAAUGAAAGACUUAGCUGCCUCUAACAAGGUGUCGCUGGCCAUCAUGCAGAAGCAGCUGUCUGAGUCGGCCAACGGAUAUCCCAGGACAGUCUGUGGCAGCUCACGCCAUAAUGGUUUCUCUGGGGGGGUUGGAGCCCUCGGUAUCAUGAACAACAGGCUGGCAGAGACAAGUAACUCCAGGUAGAGGACACAGUGAGACAGGAAUUGGGGGAACUCUUGAUUCUCAUACUGUGUGACAAACCCUGAGGUUGAUUGCCAUAGAAAAAAUCUAAGGCUUUUAUGAUGGAUUGCCAGUGUAACUUGUUAUGCAUGAUACAUAUGAUUUUUUUGGAUACUUUUGGUUGGAAUUACAAGCCUGUGUUCAUAAUACAGGUAAUGAUGGGGAUGGUUCUGGUGAUGAUUUGAUGAUGAUGGCAUGAGAGAACCACAUAUUCAAAAAAAGAACAUGAGUUGAUCUGGAAGCGUGGGGACCACCCAUCACCCAUUACAUUGACCUCAAACCCAACCCAGAACAAAUCACUGAGAUGUCUGCAGAGGUCUGUUAUAGUAUAUGCUCAAUAUAUCAGACUUAUACAAGUGAAAUGAUGUGCUAUUAAGGGAAGCAUAC